CUGAAGUGUGGUUGAGCUGUCGUGUGUUUGUGUCUCUGUAUUCAUGCAGUAAAAUGGCAGAAGCCAGAUUUUCUCAGGAUGAGCUGAUGUGUCCAGUGUGUCUGGAUCUCCUGAAGGAUCCAGUGAGCAUCCAGUGUGGACACAGUUACUGUAAGAGCUGUAUUACAGGCUUCUGGGAUCAGGAGGAUCAGAAGAGAGUCUACAGCUGUCCUCAGUGCAGACAGACCUUCAGUCCAAGACCUGCUUUAGCUAGAAACACCAUGCUGACUGAACUUGUGGAGAAAAUGAAGAAGACCAGACUCUCUGCUGACUGUUACGCUGGAGCUGGAGAUGUGCAGUGUGACGUCUGUACUGGAGGAAAAUACAAAGCCAUCAAGUCCUGUCUGGUGUGUCUGAACUCUUACUGUCAGAAUCACCUCGAACAACAUGAGAGUUGGUUUAAAGGAAAGAGACACAAUUUGAUUGAUGCCACUGGACGACUGCAGGAGAUGAUCUGCCAGAAACACGAGAAGCUUCUUGAGGUUUUCUGUCGCACUGAUCAGAAGUGUAUUUGUGUGCUGUGUACGAUGGAUGAACAUAAAAACCAUGACACUGUAUCAGCUGCAGCACAGAGGACAGAGAAACAGAAGCAGCUGAAGGAGACACAGAAGAUGUUCCAGCAGAGAAUCCAGCAGAGAGAGAAAGAUCUUCAGCAGCUAAGAGAGGCUGUGAAGUCUCAUAAGCGCUCUGCACAGACAGCAGUGGAGGACAGUGAGAGGACCUUUACUGAGCUCAUCCGCUCCAUUGAGAGAAGCCGCUCUGAGCUGAUACGACUGAUCAGAGAUCAGGAAAAGACUGCAGUGAGUCGAGCUGAAGAACGACUGGAGCGA